CCGAGACGCGCGCGAAAUGAGCGACGUGGCCGCGUCGCCGAGACGCAGAUCGCGCGUAAUCCAGAUUCCUGAUCGUCCCCGUGGCUCGCCGAACUUUCGGUUCUUCAGGUUCCUGGAGAGUCUCAUCGAUGAUUGUCGCGCGUCGUCAAUCGGAGUCCUGCGGACUGUACCGCGCCAUCGUCGGUACAGUCCGCGGCGAUCAACGCGAGCGACAGAUGCUUUAGAUGAUGAAGGAUUAAUAAACAAUCGAAUCCGAAAAAUACUGAUGACAGGAGCGUCUAUCGAACACGUUUCGCGUGAAAACAGCGCAAGGGCGGCGCGCAAGAACGAGAGAACAAGAAAACAAGAGAGAGAAGGAUAAUAGCUUGUGCGACCUGCUCUCGAAUCAGUUUCCAGGACGCGCGGCAGGGCUUGCAGCUUCCACCUCUGUCACUCUCUCGGCUUCUGGACCCCGUGCCUCAUCUCUCAUCCCGACCCCCGUUCGGCUACCCGUGUCGCCACUCAGCCUCUUGACUCUGACGUUCAGUCGCACCCUCGCCUCGCGGACGGCGCGCACUCCGUAACGUCUUCACACAUCGACACGCGCCGAAAACGGGAUUGCCGCGGGCAAAGAUACGCUCGCACCACCGACGGCAAUUAGCGAGGAGGAAGGUUCCGUAAAAG